AUGUCUGCUCUUAUAAAGAUGUCUGUUAAAAAACGAACACAUUGGAAUACACCUGUUGGAAGGCAAUCUUGCGAGGCUAAAGUAUCCGAUCCACCGGGUUCAUGUCGGAGUCGAAUAUAUUUGUCAAAACCAUGUGCUUCGGCGACACUCAAUUUAGGUGUGACAAGUUUGAAAUCAUGCACUGAAGUUAAUCUUUCAUGGGACUAUCCGACGAAUAAUUUAACCAUGAUUAUUGAAACACCUUUCACACAACAGCAUCAAUCGUAUGCUGUUAACCUUGACAAUUAUUGGCUAUUUGGCAUUCAAACCUAUCGAAUACUAAACGGCAAAGAAAUUGAAGUGAAAUCAAAUGAUAAUGUUGUAGUAGAAAAUUCCGAUUCCAAUUAUCAAGUUAUACUUAAAUUACAAGCUCCACCGACACUCUCCUUAUAUGUUACAGAUAAAGAAUGGAGAAAACAUCGCUUUCAAUUGCCUGUUGGUUGGAGUGGACCAUGGCAUACUGAUCCAGUACCACAAUUUGUUAUAUUUCUUCAGGGAACAGGUUUAUGGACCACAAUGGAUGGUACUAACCGUACAUUUAAUACGGGUGAUAUUUAUUUUGGUAAUGAUCAAGCAUCAAAAAAGGGACAUUAUUCCAGAAAUAUAGGGAAAGUUCCAAUUUAUCAGAUUGCAAUACAAUUUGCUAGCUGGCCAACAACAAAAUACGAGUCUUGCUGGUUGACAUAA